UUCUCAUUGGAGAUUGGAUAUAAAGAUUGUAGAUAUUCCUCAGAUAUCCGGAUGCUGAAACUCCACUCCAAACGUCCUCAAGCCUUGUCGUGAUAAAGCACUUUAGAUGCACAUUUUUGCAAGUAAUAUGUUCUUUCCUGCUCUGCUGCUGCUGGCUCUGUCUUCAGUGGAAGGUUCAAAAGAGUGCCCUCACCACUGCCUCUGCUACGAACACUCGGAUCUGGUGGACUGCCGAGCGCGCGGGUUCCUCCACGUGCCCGAUGGCCUGUCCCAUGGCACCUGGCUGCUGGACCUGGGUGGCAACUUGCUGAUGGAAGUGCGAAGCCGUGCCUUUGCCGGACUUUGGUCACUGCGGGUCCUGGUGCUCUCUGACAGUGGAAUCCAGCUGCUGCAGCCCGAGGCCUUCUACUCCCUCUCCUUUCUGGAGAAGCUGGACAUGAGCCGUAACGAGCUGCGCCGGCUGCCGUCGGACUUCUCCCACAGUCUGUCCUCGGUCCGGGAGCUCCGGCUAGACCACAACACCCUGGAGCGGCUGGAAGUCUCCAGCCUGGAGCACCUGGAGAGCCUAGAGAAGCUGGACCUCAGCCACAACCACAUCACCUUCCUGCAGCCAGGGGUCUUCCGGGGCCUGUCUCGCUUGCGCCACCUCUACCUCCAUGCCAACCAGCUGGGAGCUGUGCGCCAUGGCUCCCUGUCCAUGCUGCCGGUCCUGGAGGCCCUGCAGCUGGGCCAGAACAACAUCUCUCACAUCGACACAGAGGCUCUGGCUCCCCUGCACAGCCUCACUCUGCUGGGCCUGGAGGGAAACCAGCUGCAGCACCUUAAGUUCAAGACCUUCCUGAGCCUCCACACGGCCGGCACCCACCUGCAGCUGGCUGGCAACCCGUGGAACUGCGACUGCGACCUGCACCGGGUCUUCAGCAAGCUGCUGAGUGUGCGCCACCUGCACGUUGACGACUACCACAACGUGACGUGCCGUGAGCCUCUGCAGCUGGCGGGCGCCUCGCUGGCGUGGGUGGACAGCCAGUUGUGCAUGGCAGAGACGGCCACCGUGCUGGUUAUCACUGUGACGGUGCUGGUGACUGUGUUGGCAGCUGUGGUCAUGGCCGAGCGCACCCGCAAGAAGAACCAACAUGGCGGCAAGAGCUGGGAUGAUGAGUCGCAGACCCAGGAAAGGUGACUGUCAUGAGGGAGGGACACUGAGUGAGCGUAUAAUCAGUUCGAUAGAUGCAUUUUCCCUCACUGAUCUAGGAUCAUAUUUCACACCAUGCUCCCUGGUCAUUUUAUGUUUGAAGAAAAAAAAGAAUGGGGCCAUUUCCCUUCUGCAGCAAACUGACUGUGAGGUUUCAUAACACACCUCAGGCUCAGACACUCCUUAACAUUCAGUUGAACUUGUUGGAGGCACUCAUUCGCUCUGUUACUUCAUCAUGGUCAUAAUGCAUGGCCCAAUCUGGUUCCAAGUGUCUAAGAAACAAUAUUUUAGAGUAUGAGCAGUUUUGUAUGAUGUAUCUAGAAGUCUGUGACUUGUGGAACUGGAGGAAUGGGCAUCAUUUGUUUUCUGUGCAGCAUGCAACUUUGUCAUCAUUAUGUUUCGGUGUAUCAUUUAAGACCUACCUGAAGUAUUUGACUGCUUACAAUUUGUCCUGUUAAUUUAUUUAUUAACUCCAGUACAGUGUUUGUCUUUUUCUGUUCAACAUUUUCUCUUCAAUGUCUAUUCCAUUUCUGCACACUGUGUAGAAAACAUAGGUGUCAUGUUUCAAAUGUAGGCCUAUCCUCCAAGUACAGCAGUUAUUUUUGUCUCAUGAAUGAUGAUGAUUAUACUCUAACACAUGGAUAUGUUUGAUAGGGAAUUUAUUGUAUAUAGAUGGUAAUAAAGUAUUAUUUUGGGGGGGACUCUGCCUUGUGAUGUACAGUACCUGGCUUAAAUAUUUGCCAGAUUUGAGUAUAGGGGUCUCCACUUGCCCUAUUCCAUGCACUGCACUAGAGCUAAAAUCUCCCUUCGAUGAUCAACAUCUGCUUUAGUCAACAUCAGAUUAUUCACCAAUUAAUCACCACUAUUCCAGCUCUCACACAGCUCACACACAGAUUAAAGCUGGUUUCAAUCUAUCUAGGGCUGCCAUGAUGUGUCAAAAUGAAAAUGCACAGAAUUGAGUCGCUGUUCUCCCCUUUUAGAUGAAAACUUGCGUUUGGUAUCAUACGUUUUGCUUGUGGGUUUGGCCUCCAGCCUGGAGAAGCCGGACCUCGGCCACAAACACAUCACCUUCCUGUGGGUUUGGUGAUAUUGAAAUAAUAUUGAAAUAGAGAGCACAGAUGAAAAACUUUGAAGUACUGAAUUUUAGCAAGUGCGCGGUUUUGCAUUAGACUCCGAUAAAGGACAAGGAGGAUUUCAUAUUCUGACACCGGUCUUUGGCCAGAGACAAAUUGCUGUGGGGUUUAAAAGGCUUGGAUCCAGGUCACAAGGAGAAUGAUGUGGCAUACAGGCCUGGCCUCCAGAAAAACAUCAGCAGAUUACGGCUCUGAUUAAAAACCAGAGGAGGAAACGGACUGCCACAGGGGUAAAAAAAACGCCAGCCACCCAGCUCAAAUCCCCUGGGCAGAGCUUAUCUAAGAGGAGGAUAAUGUCCAGAAACUGAACCUGUAUCAGUACUGAUGCUGUUUCUGCUCAGAAGCCCUAUAAAUGGAUCUGGAUAAGGAGUGGCGAUUCAGCACUGGAGAUAAGGGCCAGCCACCCAUGUGACCAAAGCUAUUAUCAGAUGAACCAGAUAACAAUGAUAUGACAUAACAGUGACAUAAUAACCGUCUACUACCAGCAGGUAUGUGUAUUACAAUGUUUUAGUUGUCAGAACCCAGUGCAGACAGAUCUAUGAGAUUGACGUAGGGCGCUUUAAUACAAACUAGCUCACAUCCUUUACUUAAGAACAUAAGACAGGACAGACGAAGGUAUUAUACGUUACAUAAUUAAGUUCCAUUAGCUCCUAUUGCACAACAGAAACCAGAUGCCAUUGUCUCCGAAGAAACCUCUCUAAUUUAGCCAAGAGAUGAUAGUAUGGGAUUUUAUGACAUUAAAGUCUUCAUAAUCAACCCAGAGGUUUUCCUUAGCUUCCUACCUUCAUGGCAACAUCCCAGUUCAAACCAAACCUAGCCUCAACCACAACCCUAACCCUAGAUUCAUAUACACAUCCCAGUUCAACCCUAAC